CCAGAAUGAAUCUGGACACAUGCGCGAGUUUCUAUCGAUUGCGGGACACAAAAUUAGUUUCCUGCCGCGUGUACGCUGCUCUUUAAGGGUAGAAAAGAGUUAAAACGUUGGUCAAUCUCAAAAUACAUUUAGUUGCCCAAAGACGACCACUCAAUUGAGAAGGGAAGAGAUAGAAGAUAACUGGAGGUUUCAUCCGACCGCAAACCCGCAAUCAUAACAGACAAAACCUGAACAUUUCAGAGCUGAAAACGAUGAAAUCGAUCAUUUUUGUGCUGGUGUUGUCCUUCACAAGCAUCCUCGCCUAUUUACCAAGUGAACAGGAAGGUUUGUUGCCAGGCAUUGUCCUGCGUGACAUUUCUAAAUACCUAGAAUUGAACGAUGGUUUGCGUUUGGAUACACGGGCGCUAUCGAGAAAUGAAGAUGGGCAACUGUUUCCAUUGGAUUAUGAAAACUUGGGGGACGUCAACAUGUAUCCAAGCAUAAGGGAUCAGGAGUAUUUGCAGCAAACCAGCCUGUGGGGAAACCAAUACAUAUCGGGUGGAGCAGGAGACGGCAACCAAAUCCUCACUCCAGGCAUAAAAACUACCAAGCAGGAGAUCAAAACCGAUGCCUCAUUGCCUGCUUACUGCAAUCCCCCCAAUCCUUGCCCAGUUGGAUACAAUGAAGAUCAGGGCUGUUUGUCCGACUUUGAAAAUACAUCGUCCUUCAGCCGAGACUACCAAUUGCUGCAGGAUUGCAUGUGCGAUACUGAGCACAUGUUCGACUGUCCUCGAGCUACCAAUCCACUUGUGGAUGAAUUUUCCAACCUUCUACGAUCAUUUGAGAAAAUGAAGACCAAUCCCAACCCGUUCCUGGCAGGCGAAAAGCUUCCAGUGGCAGCGAAGAAGGGCAAUAACAUGUAUUAAACGCAGUUCCCUAUCUGCCGUAUAUUUAUGUUUAAUAUUUUAAAGACUAGUUUUAACAUAAUUACUUACCAAAUGUUCUAGAGGUGGUAACCCCAAUCCACAGAUGAUUUACCAAUUUUGGGGAUAAAAAAUAAUACUUAUUAUACAGUGGACUAAGUA